GAAGUUAUUUUCGAAGUGUGCUUUCAAAAUUCGUUGAAAUUUCAAACAAGAACUUUUAAUUAAUUUAAAAAACGGUGUGAAUAUAAUAAGAAAGAAACAAGAUACAGUCAAAGUUAAAGUUACGUCAGAUUAAAUAAACAGUGGGUUUUCGAAAAAUAUUAAAGCAUAUCUGAUUAAUUAAGCAAAAUGAGAUUGACUGUCGAUGGCUUAUUGGUGUACUUUCCUUACGAUUAUAUCUAUCCAGAGCAAUAUGCUUAUAUGCUGGAACUGAAGAAGACUUUGGAUGCAAAAGGACAUUGCCUACUUGAAAUGCCUUCUGGAACUGGAAAAACGGCUACACUUUUGUCAUUAAUUGUUGCAUAUAUGCUCGAAAAUCCUCAUGUAGUCAGAAAACUGAUUUACUGCUCACGUACAGUGCCCGAAAUCGAGAAAGUAAUUGCUGAAUUACAGAAUUUGGUGGCAUAUUAUGAGAAGCAUUCAAAUGAAAAGCCAAACAUCACUGGCGUUGUGCUUAGUUCCCGAAAAAAUAUGUGCAUACAUCCAGAAGUUUGUAGAGAAAAGGACGGUAAAUUAGUCGAUGCAAAGUGUUAUGGAUUAACAGCAAGUUGUGUACGAGAAAGACAAGAAUACGAUGAAACAGCUCCUUCUUGUCAAUAUUUUGAAGGAUUUCAGAAUGAAGGACGUGAGUCUCAUUUACCAAUAGGCGUUUACAGCUUGGAUGAUUUAAAAGAGUAUGGAAAACAAAGAAAUUGGUGUCCUUAUUUUACUUCUCGUUUUGCCAUCGUUCAAGCUCAAGUUGUAGUUUACAGCUAUCAUUAUCUUCUCGAUCCAAAAGUUGCUGACAUUGUUUCAAAAGAACUUGCUAAGGAAUCUGUGGUCGUUUGUGAUGAGGCGCACAAUAUUGACAAUGUAUGCAUAGAUUCUAUGAGUGUUCGUAUUAAUAAAAGGGUAAUAGAAAGAGGAUCAACGGCUCUCGUGACGCUAGAAAAAAUGGUACAAGAGAUGAAAGAAGACGACCAAAAGAAGCUACAAGAAGAAUAUGCAAAAAUGGUUCAAGGAUUAAGAGAUGUUUAUCAAGCGAGAGAAACUGAUCGUAUGCUAGCCAAUCCAGUUCUUCCUGAUGACAUUUUAAGAGAAGCUGUGCCAGGAAAUAUUCGUCAUGCUGAUCAUUUCUUGGGAUUUUUGAACCGAUUUAUAGCUUAUUUAAAGACACGAUUAAGAGUUCAGCAUGUCAUUCAGGAGUCACCUGCUGGAUUUUUAAAAGAUAUUCACGCUAAAGUAUGUAUUGAUAGAAAACCAUUAAGAUUUUGUGCUGAACGACUUCAGUCGUUAAUGAGAACAUUAGAAAUAACAGAUUUAAAUGAUUUCGGUGGACUUACAGUCAUUACACAUUUUGCAACCUUAGUGUCGACAUAUACACAAGGAUUUACAAUUAUUAUUGAGCCUUUUGAUGACAAAACUCCAACAGUUUCAAAUCCAGUUUUAUACUUUAGUUGCCUCGAUUCAUCAAUUGCGAUGAGACCAAUCUUUAGACGUUUCCAAUCUGUAGUUAUUACAUCUGGUACUCUAAGUCCAAUGGAUAUGUAUCCAAAGAUAUUGGAUUUUUCACCAGUAGUCAUGAGUUCAUUUACUAUGACUUUAGCUCGUCCAUGUCUACUUCCACUGAUAGUGACACGUGGAAAUGAUCAAGUUGCUAUCAGUUCUAAAUUUGAAUCGCGAGAAGAUACAGCAGUAAUAAGAAAUUAUGGACAAUUACUUGUUGAAACAGCUAAAAUCGUGCCCGAUGGAGUCGUAUGUUUUUUUACAUCCUACAUGUAUUUGGAAUCUGUUGUAGCAUCGUGGUACGAUCAAGGUAUUAUUGAUACACUUUUAAAAUACAAAUUGCUGUUUAUUGAGACACAAGAUUCAGCAGAAACGUCCUAUGCUUUAAUGAAUUAUGUUAAAGCUUGUGAUUGCGGACGAGGAGCUGUUUUAUUAGCCGUUGCUCGCGGAAAAGUAUCAGAAGGAGUGGAUUUUGAUCAUCAUCUUGGUCGAGCUGUUCUUAUGUUUGGAAUUCCUUAUGUUUACACACAAUCACGUAUUUUAAAAGCUCGUCUAGAGUAUUUAAGAGAUCAAUUUCAAAUCAAGGAAAAUGAUUUUCUUACUUUUGAUGCUCUCCGACAUGCAGCUCAAUGUGUUGGACGUGCUAUUCGAGGUAAAACUGAUUAUGGCAUAAUGAUUUUUGCUGAUAAAAGAUUUCAACGUCAAGAUAAGCGUGGAAAAUUGCCAAAAUGGAUUCAAGAAAAUCUUACAGACAAUUAUUCUAAUUUGAGUACCGAAGAAGCAAUGCAGCUAUCCAAAAAUUUCUUGAAACAAAUGGCUCAGCCUUUUAAUCGUGAAGAUCAACUCGGCUUGUCUUUGUUAACACUCGAACAACUGAAAAACAAUGAAAAGGAAAUAAUCGAGAAGCAUUUGAAGAAUCAAGCUCCGAUAGACAUCUAAGAAACGUAAUAUCCUAAUGAUGUUAAUAAAAAAGUACAGUAAGACAUGUUUUUGGUUCCCAAUUUUAUUAUUACAGAUCAAGAUUCUUAUUAGAUAUCUUGUUUUACUUUGUUCAAAUAUUAAUCAACAAUUAAAUGCUUUCGAAAUCCCAAACCGUUUCCUUUCCAAAUUAUAGAAAAUGAGCCUUUAUUCGCAUGCUUAAACAACCUAUCAACCUGAUUAUAAGAAAAAUAAUUAACUGCAAUUGUUGUAUUGCAAAGAAUUAGUUGCUGGUAACAAAUUUAUAAAAUAAAUGGAAUGAUAGCUUUUCUACAUUUUGGAUAAUCCUUGAAUUCCUUUUUGUAGUUUCUGUGCUUGCCCAAAGCCCAAACUGCCAUUUGAAAAACGCCAGCAAGUGCAAAUACGAAGGCAGGAAGGCAUUGUGUUAAAAUUGAAAACGAAAGCCAUGCAAGGAAUUCAUAAGUAUAAUUUGGACAGGAAACAAAGUUAAAUAAAGCAGUUAAAGGAUUUGCAUCAGCAACUGGAAUUUUUCUAAUUGAUGUGCCUGGUGGUCGAAGAUUUCUCAAAUUAAUGUGAAUCGACAAAUUUCC